UAACAACAGAAAAUUUUCAGUUGAAGCACACAAUUAGUUGCAGAAGUUAGUUAAAUCUCUUUGAGGAAAUUCGUGAGCAAAAGUUUAAAGAAAGCAGAAGAUAUUCAGAUUUGCGCUGGGCAAGUUACGCGAAACGUACGAGCAUGAUUUUCUAGUCGUUUGAGGAAAACUUGACAAAUUUAGCUUCCCCAAAGAAAACAACUAUUACCUUUGAGCGGGUAUAUAGCAAUUACACAUUGUACAGCUCGGUGCAGUAAGUAAACGGGCAUUUUCAAAAAAUUGCUGAAAAUAAUCGCAUUUGCCUCCUCCGAGAACUAAAAGAUGGCAUCAGAUGACGAACAAAAGUUAGCGAUCAUUCGCAAAGCGUUCCAAAUGUUCGAUACAUCCAAAUCGGGAUUUAUUGAAACGGUGAAAAUCGCCACCAUUCUGAACACAAUGGGCCAACUUUUUGACGAGGCGGAGUUGAACAAUCUGAUCAGGAAAAAUGAUUCGGAUCAUUCGGGAAAAGUGAAUUUCGAUGGGUUUUGUGAUAUUGCCAUUCAUUUCUUAGAAGAGGAUGAUGCCGAAUCGACGCAACAAGAGCUAAAGGAAGCAUUUAGGCUCUACGACAAAGAGGGAAAUGGUUAUAUUACCACAGGCACCCUCAAAGAAAUUCUUCGUGCUCUAGAUGAUAAAUUGACCACAAGAGAGCUGGACGGUAUAAUUGCGGAAAUCGAUACGGAUGGGUCUGGUACAGUCGAUUUUGAUGAAUUCAUGGAAAUGAUGACUGGGGACUAAAUGGAAAAGAGGAAAAAUUUGGUUUGCAUUUGCACCUCUUUGUGCUCUUUCUUCACUAAUUGAGUUUAAAGUCUGAUUGAAUCUAUCUUCUCAUUCUCUUCUGUAUUUAUUUGGUUAUAGUGGAAUAUUUGUACUUUAGAAUUAGUAACAUAUUUAAUUAUAACAACUUAUUUUAGUUUUAGAAUCGCGUUCCUAUAAGUUUGCUAUUUGAUUUUAUUAUUAACAUUUAUGUAACGGUUCUAAUAAAACAUUCUCCUGCAAAAGACAUA